AUGGAUGAACUCGCGGAGCAUGGCCCUCGCGCGCCGCCGGUCAUCACUUCGAAAGUUCGGUCUGCAAAGGGUGAAGAAGACGUUGAUCCAAACAAGGUCGUCUGGACCGAAGGAGAAUCAGAUAACCCACAAAACUGGUCAACGCGUUAUCGGUGGUGCUUGACAUACCUGGCAAUCACCAUGAGCUUGAAUUCUACAUUUGCAUCUGCAGCGCCAGCUCCCGCAGUUCGCUUCAUAGCAGCCGAUUUCCACACCUCUGCAGAAGUCUCUCAACUGGUGACAUCAAUCUUUCUAUUUGGUUAUUGUAUCGGACCCCUUUUAUGGGGUCCUGGUAGCGAAAUGUUUGGUCGACGCCCCAUCUUCAUAAUCACCAAUACCGGCUACGUCCUCUUCACUAUUGGACAAGCCCUCGCUCCUAACAUGGCGACUCUGCUCAUCACCCGUUUCUUCGCUGGAUUCUUCGGUGUCGCCGCAACAACUAACGUGCCUGGCAUGAUGUCCGAUAUAUGGACGGCAAAGGCUCGAGGUCAAUCCGCCGUUGCCGUCAUUGGUACUAUAUUCCAAGGUCCGGUGCUCGGUGGCAUUAUCGGUAGCUUCAUCGCAGAGAGCUCUCUGGGAUGGAGAUUUAUAUUUUGGACGAUAGUGAUAUUUGGCGGAGCCGCUUCCAUACUAGCAUACUUCGCCAUCCCGGAAACGUACCACCCGAUUCUAUUGAAACGUAAAGCCCAGAAGCUACGGCAGGAAGAUCCUCUUAACAAUCGGAAUUUAUAUGCAGAUCAUGAACGAGAGGACAACACUCUCAAGGGCAUAUUACGUCGGACAAUUCUUCGGCCAUUCAUCAUUCUGUUUGAAGAUCCCAUAAUGCAAUUGAUCACGGCUUACAUGGCAUUUCUAUAUGGUAUCAUCUACGGGCUUCUAGACGCGUUUCCUAUCGUCUUCGUUGACAAGCGGCAUUUGAGUCUACGAGAAAACGGACUCAUGUUCGUCGGUUUGGGUAUUGGCAUAAUGAUCGGCGCUUUCAUGUCCCUCCUAUCUAUGCGACAUAUAGGGAAACUGGCCGAAAAGUGGCGUGGAUCCCCCCCUCCUGAGCAGCGCCUUCGUGGUGCAAUGAUUGCGGGGCCCUGCUUGGCUAUUUCUUGCUUCUGGCUUGGAUGGAGCGGAAAUUUCUCAUCCGUGCCGUGGUAUGUGCCCGACCUGGCCGUCGUAUUAACAGGUAGUAGUAUCAUCUUGUCGUUCAUCUCUCUCAUUGUAAAUACAUACUUGGUUUACAGUGCGUCUGCCCUCUCCGCGACAACGACUGUCCGAAGUGGGGUAGCCGCUGCCUUCCCAUUAUUCACAACACAGGUGAAUCCCUGUCACGGUCCAUCAUUCUCUCAGCUUGGGGUUGGAUGGGCAGGCACACUCUUAGGACUGGUCGCACUCAUGCUCACACCGGGUCCAUUUCUGUUCUAUAAAUACGGCGCUCGCAUUCGUCGAAGGAGUCGCUUCGCUCCUUGCCUGGACCUCAAGAUCGCCGAGGAACUAGAAGCAGAAGAGCGUAAAGCUGGUUCAGAGAAGCCGUCGAACGCGAUAUGA